CCUGUAAAGAUGAGUGAGCUGAAGGAUUGUCCACCACUCAAGUACUAUGACUUCAAGCCAGUUGAGCAUGUCAAGCUAUGCCCACGUUACACUGCUGUCUUAGGCCGUUCAGAGGACGAUGGCAUUGGCAUAGAAGAACUAGAUACACUGCAGCUGGAACUUGAGACUCUCCUUUCUUCUGCCAGUCGACGUCUGCGAGCAUUAGAGGAACAGAGACAGAUUCUUACAGACUGGCAGGACAAAAAAGGGGACAAAAGAUUUCUGAAGCUGGGUAAAGAAGACCUUUCAACCACUCCACGCCAUUCCAAACCCAAGAAACAAAAACUAGAUGGCAAAGGCGGACAUGGAACUGGACCUGGUCCUGGCAGACCCAAAUCUAAGAACUUGCAGCCGAAAGCCCAAGAGUACGAAAUCGGCGAUGACCCACAAGAGAUUCCCCGCAACCCUAAAAAUGAUGCUCCUAAUAGGUUCUGGGCCUCAGUGGAGCCAUACUGUGCUGAUAUUACCAAUGAAGAGAUAAGGGUCCUUGAGGAACUUCUUAAGCCACCUGAAGAUGAGGCUGAAUACUAUAAGAUCCCUGCAUUGGGGAAGCACUAUUCUCAGCGCUGGGCACAGGAGGACCUGUUAGAGGAGCAGAGGGAGGGAGCCAGGGCCAAUGACAAGAAGAAAGGCAUUAUGGGGCCACUCUCUGAGCUUGAUGCCAAAGAUGUGGAUGCACUCCUAAAAAAGUCUGAGUCCCAGCAUGACCCUCCAGAGGAUGGCUGUCCUUUUGGCCCUCUUACACAGCGCCUCCUGCAGGCCCUAGUGGAGGAAAACAUAAUAUCCCCUAUGGAGGAUUCCCCAAUUCCAGACAUUCCAGGGAAGGAUGAUGGAGCUGGUACCUCACCUCGCAGCCAAGGAAAAGCUUUUAGUGUGCCUCACACACGCUCGUUGGAAGCACGAAUCAAGGAGGAGCUUAUAGCACAAGGCCUCCUUGAUUCUGAGGAGCGUCAGGGAACUGGUGGGGACUCGGAGGAUGAGGUAUUGGCGGAGCUACAUAAGAGACAAGCAGAGCUGAAGGCAUUAAGUGCCCACAACCGUGGCCGUAAACAAGAACUACUCCGGUUGGCAAGAGAGGAGAUGCGGAAACAGGAGCUUCGACAACGGGUUCGUGUGUCCGAUAACGAAGUCAUGGAGGCUUUCCGUCGCAUCAUGGCUGCCAGACAGAAAAAACGCACACCGACAAAAAAAGAGAAAGAUCAGGCUUGGAAGGCAUUGAAAGAAAGAGACAGCAUUCUCAAACUGCUAGAUGGAUAGAAGGACUACAGAGGUUUUCUUUUGUAAUGUUCUAGUAUGUUGGUGGGCCAGAUGUCUUAGGCUAACAAAAUAAACUAAUCUGUCACUGAAAAUACACUACUGUGAGUGGCCAUAUCAUGCUGGUGUUUGUCUUUGUCCAUUGUUUCCUUUAUUCGGUAAUUGUCAGUUGAAAGCUGUUGCCACUUUUGGACUUUUUUUUUGUAAGUAAAUGAUGUAUUGUUCUUUGAAGUACACGGGUUAUGAUGCAUGCAGAAUAUUUUUUUUUUUCAAUUCAGUUUUUUUUUUUAAUAACAGGUCGCAAAUAUAGUUGUACAAUACAGUAUUCAUCAAAAUGCAGUUGGAGUGUAUCAAGAUAUUUUGUGAACGGAAAAAAAUGUGGUUUUAUAUACACGAGAUCACUUGGUAUUGUGGAUUUUGUUACCUGUUUUGGGCU